AGCGCCUUCCUUGCUGCAAGCGGAACUGUGUAACUGCGUAAAAGAAUUAUGGACUCCUUCGAUAAGUUCCAAUAAUGUUAGCAAUCCGGACCUCUAUCCUUCUCUCUGAACACCAAUUUCGCUUAGAUUUGUUAGUUUUCAUCUCUGCCUACUCGACAUAUUCCACCACAUUCCUCUCAAAGCCUCAACCCAGCUCCGCAAUUAAUUCCAAAAGCAGUAGCAAAUUCAUUGUUCUCUGCAACUGUCAAAUUUCCAAGAAUGGAAGAAAUGGUAAUCUUAAGGCAGCUGAAUCCAUAUUCAAUCGUAUGCCUUUUAAAAACGUCAUUUCCUGGACAGCCAUGCUCACGGCCUGUGCGGACAAUGGUAAGAUUAAUAAGGCACGAAAACUGUUUGAUGAAAUGCCCCAGAGGAAUACUGCAUCGUGGAAUGCAAUGAUCACGGCUUACAUUCGCAAUAACCAGCAGGUUGAUAUAGCUUAUGAGCUGUUCUGUCGGAUGCCCGAGCGCAAUCCUGUUUCUUAUGCUGCAAUGAUCACGGGAUUUGUCCGGGCAGGAAUGAUACUUGAGGCUGAGAAACUGUAUUUGGAGAUGCCGUUGACGGGGCGGGACCCUGUCGCUUCCAAUGCAUUGAUUUCAGGAUACUUGAAGGUGGGUAAAUUAGAAGAGGCUGUUCAGAUAUUUGAAGGUAUGUCCGAGAGAAAUGUGGUUACUUGGAGCUCAAUGGUUGAUGGCUACUGCAAAGAUGGUAGGAUUUCAGAUGGGAAAGAAUUGUUCGAGAAGAUGCCGGAGCGAAAUGUGGUUUCUUGGACAUCAAUGAUUGGGGGGUAUAUGAAGAUGAGGCAGUUUGGUGACGGUUUCGGGUUGUUUUUACGGAUGAGAAAGGAAGAUGAUGUGAAGGUUAAUUCUACUACCUUGACUAUAGUCUUUGAAGCAUGUGCUGAUCUGAGUAGAUUUUCAGAAGGGAUUCAAGUUCAUGGACUGGUUUUUUCGAUGGGUUUUGAUUUUGAUGUCUUUUUAGGUAAUUCUAUCAUCACCAUGUAUUGCAGAGUUGGUUAUAUGGAUGCUGCUAAGACUAUGUUUGAUCUCAUGAACAAUAAAGAUAUAGUUUCUUGGAAUUCACUGAUAGCUGGUUAUGUUGAAAAUGACAAAACUGAGGAGGCCUACAUGCUUUUUGAGACGAUGCCAAUCAGAGAUGUUGUUUCUUGGACAACCAUGAUUUCGGGAUUCUCAAAUAAGGGAAUGAUUGGAGAAUUCAUUGAUUUGUUCAUAGAGAUGCCUGAGAAAGAUGAUAUUUCAUGGACUGCUGUUAUUUCAGGGCUUGUGAGUAAUGGGGAAUAUGAGGAGGCUUUGCGUUGGUUCAUAGAGAUGGUUCAGUGCUCAGUCAAACCAAAUAGCCUCACAUUAAGCAGUGUACUCUGCGCUUCAGCGGGUUUAGCAAUACUGAAUCAGGGUCUACAGAUACAUACCCAUGUUGUGAAGAUGGAUAUGGAGUUUGAAGUGUCCGUCCAAAAUGCACUCAUCUCUAUGUAUGCAAAAUGUGGAAGUGUUGGUGAUGCCUACCGGAUUUACAUUGGCAUUCAUAAACCUAAUCUUAUCUCAGUGAACUCAAUGAUCACAGGUUUUGCCCAAAAUGGCUUCGGUAAAGAAGCUCUAGAAGUAUUUGAGCAAAUGGAGGCCAAAGGUUUUGAACCCAACCAAAUUACAUUCUUAGGUAUUCUUUCGGCCUGCGUGCAUGUGGGACUUGUAGGAGAAGGACAGGCCUACUUCAAAUCAAUGAGCUCUUCAUAUAACAUUGAACCAGGCCCUGAUCAUUACACGUGCAUGGUUGAUCUCCUUGGCCGUGCAGGAUUGCUGAAGGAAGCAAUUGAUUUGAUUCAUUCAAUGCCCUUCAAACCACAUUCUGCGGUAUGGAGUGCUCUGCUAAGUGCCUGUAGGACCCACUUGGAUCUUGAUCUUGCUAAGCUUGCAGCUCAACAGCUUUUUGAAUUGGAGCCCAAUAGUGCAACUGCUUAUGUCGUCUUGUCUGACAUUUAUUCUCUUGCGGGGCAUAAGGAAGAUGGAGAAGAGAUAAGGAUGGCCAAGAAAUUGAGAGGGGUAAAGAAGAGUCCAGGUUGCAGUUGGAUUAUAGUGGACAAGAAGGUCCACUUAUUCCUGGCAGGUGAUGAUUCCCGAGAUUAGAUCUAUUACCUUUUUCCUUUGGAGAAGAAGAAAUUGAUUUUAUCACUAAAUUGAAAGCAGAGGUUAAUCCAGGCCAACCUGGGCCCUGAGUGCCUCAAACUUGA